GUGGGAUAGGGACCUAGAUGAAGAUGUUGCUUAGUCUACUUGUGCUCUUGCCGUUGGUGGCAGCCUUCCCUGUGGAAGACGCAUUCCCUAUGCCGGAGGCUGAACCGUCUCCCACUAAACACUGGGGUCUACUCGUGGCUGGCUCCAACAGUUGGGGCAACUACCGUCACCAGGCCGAUGUCUGUCACGCCUAUCAGAUCUUGCACAAGAAUGGUAUCCCAGAUGAGAGAAUUGUCGUCAUGAUGUUUGAUGAUAUCGCCAACAACGAAGCGAAUCCUACCCCAGGAGUUAUAAUCAACAGACCCAACGGAUCGGACGUGUACCACGGAGUCCCUAAGGAUUAUACUGGCAAGAAUGUGAACCCCAAGAACUUUUUGAAUGUUUUAAGCGGCAACAAGGCAGCGAUGAAUGGUAUUGGUAGUGGAAAGGUCAUUGGCAGCGGACCAAAUGAUCACGUGUUUGUUUUCUUCUCUGACCACGGUGCUAAAGGCCUAAUUGCAUUCAUGGAUGAUAUGUUGUAUGCUAAAGAUCUCAUCACAACACUAAAGAGUAUGAAUGCGGCACAGAAAUUUCAGAAGUUGGUAUUCUACCUAGAAGCCUGUGAGUCUGGUUCCAUGUUCGAGAGCCUCCCGAAGAGCAUUAACAUCUACGCAACCACCGCCUCGGGACCAGACAAGUCUUCAUACGCUUGUUACUUUGACAAGAAGAGAGAUACUUACCUGGGCGACGUGUACAGUGUGAAGUGGAUGGAGGAUUCAGACAAGGAGGACCUUACGGCAGAGACGCUACAGAAGCAGUUCAAAAUAGUAAAGAGGGAGACUAACACUAGCGUAGUCCAUCAGUUCGGAGACCUCAAAUUCGACCGAGAUACCCUGAAUAACUUCCAGGGGAAUGGAGGUCCGUCUGUGCCCGGGAAACCUCUUCCCAACGUGCCGUUGGACGCCAUCGACAACCGUGAUGUUCCCCUUGAUCUUUUGUUUCGACGCUUUGAGAAAGAAACUGAUCCAGUUCAGAAGAAGUGGCUUAUGGAACAAGUUGCAGAGCUCGCCCAAAUGCAGCAAGGUGUGCAUAGCCUUAUGUACGGCGUAACAAGGAGCCUGGUUGGAGAAAACAGUACCAUGAUCGACAGCUUGAUAAACACCAGAGGGCGCCCUAUCAAGAACUGGGACUGCUACAAAGCAGUGACACAAACAUACCGUGAAGAGUGCUACACUAUAUCACAGUCUCACUAUGCAUGGGGACAAGUGCACGUUCUCGGUAACCUUUGCGAGAUGAAGUUUGGCGCACCACAAAUUUCCAAUCGUCUUCAGGUCAUGUGCUCCGAACAAAGAGGACGCUGAGACUGCCAGUUUGCACCGGCAAAGGCCCUUGUUUCCCCCACCGUACAAUUUAGACUGUUAGGAAAAUAAUAAAUUCCUACCUUCAUCUCCCAAUUCACAUUAAUACACUGGACACUAUUGGUAAUUGUCAAAGACCAGUCUUCUCACUUGGUGUAUCUCAACAUCAUAAAAUA